AUGCACGUCCACAUGAAAGCUGAGUUAAAAGCCACAUCUAUUUCCUUUCAAAACCCUUCACUCUUCAACACAAUCACUUCCCCUCCACCACUUUCUCAACCAGAAGCACUUAAAGGCUAUCUUGGAAGCCUAGAUGGAACAUGUAUCGAAAAACUUUUACUCCAUUGUGCAAGUGCUUUGGAAAGCAACGACAUAACCCUAGCUCAACAAGUUAUGUGGGUCCUAAACAACGUUGCUUCACCGUUAGGUGACACUAACCAAAGACUAACCUCAUGGUUUCUAAGAGCUCUAAUCUCUAGAGCUUCAAGAAUUUGUCCUACUUCAAUGAAUUUCAAAGGAAGUAACAUUAUUCAAAGAAGGUUGAUGUCGGUUACCGAACUCGCCGGGUAUGUUGAUCUUAUUCCUUGGCAUAGGUUUGGAUUUUGUGCUUCAAACAAUGAAAUUUUCAAAGCAAUAAAGGGAUUCGAAAAGGUGCAUAUUUUAGAUUUUAGCAUAACACCUUGUAUGCAAUGGCCUACUUUUAUAGAUUCUUUGGCUAAAUUACAAGAAGGUCCUCCUUCACUUAGAAUCACAGUUCCAUCUUUUAGGCCAAUGGUUCCUCCUUUAGUUAAUAUAUCAAUACAUGAAGUUGGUCAACGUUUAGGUAAUUUUGCAAAAUUUAAGGAUGUCCCUUUCGAGUUUAAUGUUAUUGGAGAUAAUAAUGUUUCGAAUUUGAUGACAUCCGAAGAAUUGAGGAAUAUUGAAUCAACUAGCUUUGAUUUUGAGUCAAUGUUGAGUCUCUUGAAUCCUAGUAUGUUGAACCUUAGGGAAGAUGAAGCUUUGGUUAUAAAUUGUCAAAAUUGGCUACGUUAUUUGUCGGACGAUAGAAAAGGUCAAAACAUUUCGAUUCGAGACGUUUUUAUGAAUUUAGUUAAAGGACUUAACCCUCAAAUUAUGCUAUUGGUUGAUGAGGAUUGUGAUCUUAGUUCAUCAAGUUUAACAUCAAGAAUUACAGCUUCUUUUAACCAUUUAUGGAUACUCUUUGAUGCGUUGGACACUUUUUUGCCUAAAGAUAGUAUUCAAAGGACUGAGUUUGAAUCUGACAUAGGGCAGAAAAUUGAAAACAUUAUAAGCUUUGAAGGGCAUCAAAGGAUUGAGAGAUUGGAGUCGGGGAUGCAAAUGUCACAAAGAAUGAAAAAUGUUGGUUACUUUAGUGUUCCAUUUUGUGAUGAAACUGUUGUUGAAGUUAAGAGUUUGCUUGAUGAACAUGCUAGUGGAUGGGGAAUGAAAAGAGAAGAAAAUAUGUUGGUUCUUACAUGGAAAGGAAAUAGUUGUGUGUUUGGGACCGCUUGGGUCCCUAGUGAAAUGAGUUUAGAUAUGUAG